UUUCUGUCUAGAAUAUUGGUUUGGAAAAGACGACUGUGUUGUUAUGUUGCUAAGAGAACUCACUGACAUAGCAUCAUUGGAUUUGUGUUGUUAACAGACUAGAUUAGAAAUAACUUAAGCACGUGCGUUGUUUGUUGUUUACAGACUUGGAUUCAAGCUGAAUUAAACACCUGUGGAUUAUUGUCUUUUUACAGAUUUUAUUAAAAUGAACGUCAGCGCCGUUGACGUUUUGUUGUUUAAAUUCUAAUUGAAUUAAAUCUGAACAAACGUAAUGUGGAUGAUUGCUGUUUACAGACUGAGGUAGACUGGAAAUGGAGGAUCCAGAGACAACAGGUACUACAGAAAACAACACUGACGUCAAAUAUACACAAAUGGAGGUACGAUAAUCUUGUCAUAUAUACUGUUAAACGGUUUGCAAAAUGCUGAAAGACAUUUACAAAUUCGAGGUUGAGUGAGAUUAGAGAGGAUCAGUUCAGACAACUGGAAGUUACUUCAGCAUGUCUUCCGGUUCGCUCCCUUCACAUAUCCGGUCUGUGAGCCCGCGACAGCAAAUGGAACUUACGCUUGAGAAAGAUGUUUGCAAGCCACAGACAUGUUGUAACGCGCGUACAGUCUACAUAGCACUAUUCACAAUAUUUGUGUUGACAUCAUCAGUUGCUGUGACGAUUGCGGUCUACGAAAUAAGGGUCAUACAGACAUCGUCGAGGUCUCAAAAGCUGAAGAACCUAGUCCUUCCAUUUCAAUCAGAACCGGAAGUCGGACACUCUCAACCCUCAUCUGUCGCGCAUAUGGAAGCCGCAACACUGUCGCCAAUACCUUCGAUCACUUCCGGUCUCUACUUUGGAAACACUGCGGAACAGGGUGGACGGACACCUUGUAAUCAAAUAUGUUCAACCUACCGCAGCGAUCGAUUCCAAGCAACGUGUAACAAUGGUUAUUGCGAAUGUUUUGGAAAGGAUUAUCAACGGAAUACUUGCUUACCUGACGUUGACGGAUGCAAAAUCCAGAUAACUCCCAGUUCAAAACAGAUAUUCAUUUGGGGUUCCCCAGCAGACAAGUUUUCAUGUAGAAACGUGACGUCACCAAUGACCUCAUCAGACUCAAUUUACGUAAUCGGAAUAUAUGGAAAUCAUUUCUCAGAAAAAACUAACAUUUAUCUAGGCGGGAGCUCUGUGAAACCCAUAACCCUUAUAUUGGCCAGCCAUUACCCCGUUAGGUGGGGCUUGGACACUGAGAGGAUAAAGGUGGCACGAGUUAUUCUGCUUGCAGAGGACAAACUAUCAUUCAGUAAAUUGGACAGAUUGGAAGGAAAAUCGUCCCAUCAAACAAAUAUUGAAACACAUAUACAACCGAUCGGCUACGGAGAUGACCGACACCACUCGAAUACUCCCGAAAUGUUACGAAAAAUUACGGAAACAUUCGGGCCUGUGAAACAUUUUACUGGAGCUUCAUAUGCGGACACGAUACAUAUAAAUGUCAUGUGAUAUAUUAUCAUUCGAAAUGCGGUAUAUUUAUUAACAUUAAUUAUUACGCGGCUACAUUUUAGCUCUUCAUGUUGCAUAGACGAUACGGGCAAUCAUAGCAGGGCACGUAACCCUUGUCUGUUUUAUUACCGAGUUAUUCUCGAUUUUCAAUUAACACAACUCGUGUUGUUUGUUAUUCAGUGAUAUUGUAUAACAAGGGAGAUUACCUAUAUACAGAUUUGUAUGAUUAGUCCUUUUUGUAAUUGACCCUCGGUAUUUUGAUUCUGAAUGUUUUAAAAAAGGAUAUUGUUAAAGCAUAUUUUGACACGUAAUUUUAAGAACAGAUUAUGAUUUCAUUUGUUUUAACUUUUUUGUCAAACAUACUCUGUCAUUUUUGAUCGCUGUUUUAUUAUCAUUUGAUCAUGUAUAUUGUUUGUACAAUAUAUUACAUUUGUAGCCCAUCCUAUGAUACACUGGAUCACCAUCAUUUAUGCAAUUAUAAAACAUAUGAUGGUGUACGCCUCUCACACAAGCGAUUGUCGGUUCGAUUCCACAAGGAGUACAAUCUAAAUGCAUCUCAAAAUGGACACUUAUGCUGAUUUUUUACCCUAGAAACGGAAUCGAAGAUGAUUCUAUGAGCUCCCAAUUUUCAUUACAAUCGCGCUAAAACAAGUACAUUUUUUUUUCGCUAUGUCGACCUCGUUUUUCAGCCCCAGUGGUCGAAUUUCACACAUUUCCUAUGUUCUUUAUGUCGAACUGUAGAUCGAGACCUAGGUGUGAAAAUAUUCAUGACGGUUUGCGGCAUGUCGCAAAAUACGUGCGUGUCAAUAUAACAAACUGUCAUAACUGGGGGAUACAAAAAUGUAACUGGUAAGUGCGAAUAAUUAAAGUUGUUUGUUUAUGCAUUCAAUUAAAGAGACAUUUAUUGCUCAUGCUCUUUGGUAUUGUUUAAAACAUGAACAUUUUAUUGAUUAGAUAUCAAUCCCGAAUGGGAACAGAAAGAAUAACUUCAAAAUGUCAAAUGUUAGUUCCACUGAUCUGGUCGACCAAUUCAGAGAAGAACCCGGUAUAAACUCUUACAAUGUACAAAUGUAUGCAAGUGUGGUAUUAUAUGUGUUUUGAGUGAUCCAUAAACGCAAAAGAAAUCAA